CUUCCUUCCUGCAGUGCACCAAUGGACACCUGAUGUGUGCCGGCUGUUUCAUCCACCUCCUGGCAGACGCCCGCUUGAAGGAGGAGCAGGCUACCUGCCCCAACUGCCGCUGCGAGAUCAGCAAGAGCCUCUGCUGCCGGAACCUGGCCGUGGAGAAGGCGGUGAGCGAGCUGCCCACGGAUUGUGGAUUCUGCCUGAAGGCUUUCCCUCGUUCUCUACUGGAACGGCACAAAAAGGAGGAGUGCCAGGACAGGGUAACGCAGUGUAAAUACAAGAGGAUUGGCUGUCCCUGGCAGGGUCCCUUCCAUGAGCUGACGGUGCACGAGUCCGAGUGCUGCCACCCCUCCAAGACCGGCAACGAGCUGAUGGAGAUCCUGGACGAGAUGGACCAAAGCCACAAGAAGGAGAUGCAAUUGUACAACAGCAUCUUCGGCCUGCUGAGCUUCGAGAAGAUCGGUUACACAGAAGUCCAGUUUCGACCCUACAGAACAGAUGACUUCAUUACCCGCCUGUACUACGAGACCCCGCGCUUCACGGUUCUCAACCAGACCUGGGUUCUGAAGGCCCGCGUCAACGACUCCGAACGUAACCCCAACUUGUCUUGCAAGCGCACCCUCUCCUUCCAGCUCAUCCUAAAGAGCAAGGUCAAUUCUCCCGUGGAAUGCUCCUUCCUGCUGCUUAAAGGCCCCUAUGAUGAUGUCAAAAUCCACCCAGUCAUCUACCACUUUGUCUUCACCAACGAGAAUAACGAGACUGAGUAUAUACCGCUGCCCAUCAUAGACUCCGUGGAAUGUAACAAACUUCUGGCUGCAAAGAACAUCAAUCUGCGACUCUUUAUAUUCCAGAUUCAAAAGUGAAGAGUGGCCACCUGCAGAACCAUACUUACCUCAUCUAGCUCCCUGACCCCAGCCCCAACUCUUCCUCCUCCAGUAGACAUGGCGGCCUUUCCCUUGGUAGAGGAGGGUGGAGAGCCCAACUCUUCCUGCUCCAGUAGACAUGGCUGCCUUUCCCUUG